CGUAGCUGUGUGGUGGCACUUGGCAGUGGGCAGCACUGAGGAGUGGUGAACAGUUGAACGCAGUGUUAAAGCCGGUCAAUUUGCACUGUUUGGAGCUGCACAAUGAGUCGAACUUACAAUGACGAGCUGCAGUUCUUGGACAAGAUUGACAAGAACUGCUGGAGGAUUAAAAAGGGCUUUGUUCCCAACAUGCAGGUUGAAGGAAUAUUCUAUGUUAAUGAUCCACUUGAGAAACUGAUGUUUGAGGAGCUCCGUAACGCCUGUCGAGGAGGAGGUUUUGGUGGAUUCCUUCCAGCCAUGAAACAAAUUGGGAAUGUUGCAGCCCUUCCGGGGAUAGUACAUAGGUCCAUCGGCCUCCCAGAUGUCCACUCAGGAUAUGGAUUUGCCAUUGGUAACAUGGCAGCCUUUGACAUGAGUGACCCCACUGCUGUGGUGUCUCCAGGCGGUGUGGGUUUCGACAUUAACUGUGGGGUGCGGCUGCUGAGGACCAACCUGGAUGAGAGUGAUGUACAGCCGGUGAAGGAGCAGCUGGCCCAGGCGCUCUUUGACCACAUCCCAGUGGGAGUGGGAUCCAAAGGAGUUAUUCCCAUGGGAGCCAAGGAUCUGGAGGAGGCGCUGGAGAUGGGGGUGGACUGGUCUCUGAGGGAGGGCUAUGCCUGGGCUGAGGACAAGGAGCACUGUGAGGAGUACGGCAGGAUGCUGCAGGCUGACCCCAACAAGGUCUCCUCCAAAGCCAAGAAGAGAGGCCUGCCUCAGCUGGGUACUUUAGGGGCAGGGAACCACUAUGCUGAGAUCCAGGUCGUGGAUGAGAUCUAUAACGACUAUGCAGCAAAGAAGAUGGGCAUCGACCAUAAGGGCCAGGUCUGUGUGAUGAUCCACAGUGGCAGCAGGGGACUGGGCCACCAAGUGGCCACAGACGCCCUUGUUGCCAUGGAGAAGGCCAUGAAAAGGGACAAGAUUAUAGUGAAUGAUCGUCAGCUGGCCUGUGCUCGCAUCACAUCCCAGGAGGGUCAGGACUAUCUGAAGGGCAUGGCCGCCGCUGGCAACUAUGCCUGGGUCAACCGAUCCUCCAUGACCUUCCUCACCAGACAGGCCUUCUCCAAAGUGUUCACCACCACGCCAGACGACCUGGACAUGCACGUCAUCUACGACGUUUCCCACAACAUCGCCAAAGUGGAGGAGCACAUAGUGGACGGCAAACAGAAGACCCUUCUGGUUCACCGCAAAGGCUCCACCAGAGCCUUCCCUCCCCACCACCCGCUCAUCGCUGUCGACUACCAGCUCACAGGUCAGCCCGUGCUGAUUGGAGGCACGAUGGGAACCUGCAGCUACGUCUUGACGGGGACCGAACAAGGCAUGACAGAAACCUUCGGCACCACCUGCCACGGAGCGGGUCGUGCUCUGUCCCGAGCCAAAUCCCGCAGGAACUUGGACUUCCAAGACGUGCUGGACAAGCUGGCAGACAUGGGCAUUGCCAUACGAGUGGCCUCGCCAAAACUAGUCAUGGAGGAGGCUCCUGAAUCUUACAAAAACGUGACAGAUGUUGUCAACACAUGCCACGAUGCUGGAAUUAGCAAGAAGGCUAUCAAACUUCGACCAAUUGCUGUGAUUAAAGGCUAAACGUUGUGUUGCUUUACUGACGACUGUGUGCAACAGUCAGGACAUUCCUCAGCAAAUGAAGGACUUCAUGGAAUUUAUAUCCAAGAAGAAUGCCACGAGAUGGACAAACCGGCAUUUUAAGAGGAAAAAAAAAGAGGUUUUGACAGUUGGCUGACUUUUUUUUUUUUUUUUUUGAGGCGUGAAUGUUAUCAAAGAAAACAGGGGCAAAGAGAUUGAUCAUCUAAGUUCUCAGCUGAAAUUGUCUUUCCUGAGUUUGUUUUUCUGUUAAUGCCAGGCACUGUGCAGGGUGUGGUUUGCCUCACAAUAAAUAUGAUGAACUAAAAAUUAAUUUCAUCUACCGCUCAGUGCUCAUAUGUGAAAUUAUUGGCAAAGUGCCCUCUUUCUGAUGUUAAACACUAUUCGAUGAAUGUGCAGUUUUCCAACACCAGUUUGAAUUCAUGUUCAGUUAUCACAGGUGUAUAUAUAUGAGAACAAAGUCCUGAUUAGUGAACACUUUAUUGGUACUAACAGAUGUUCUGACAGAAGGUUCAUUGCAAUAUCAAAAAAUAAAUCAAGUUCUAAAGACA